AAUUUUGUGCGAUUAUACUAUUAAGAUCAUUACGCGGCUUAUUAUAAACGUGCAAUAUUGUGGCGUAUUAUUGUACGUAUUAAACGCGAACAUUUCGUGAUGUGGCGUAAACGCAGUUGGGCACCUACCUGUUGUAGCUACUCAUAAGUACAUAAUAUUAUAUGUGCCUAACGUCUUAACCCGGGCACGCAGUUAUUGAUUUCGAGCUCGUACGAUUUAUCUCGGUCUGGCAAUAUUAUUAUUUAUUCGUUUUUGGUCCUCAUCAGUCGUCGCGCCACGUUUCGAUUCGAGUGCCUACACCUACUUGUAAUAAUACUGCACUGUUAUUGACACAUUCGAUACCCGUCUGCGCUGAAUACCGCCUAUACCCGCAAUCGUCCGACGUGAGUAAACCACGAUGAUGACCGUACACUGUUCGCCGACACCGUCUUAUUCUAGCAAAUGUCAUCGUAGUGUUUAAACUCGGUCUAAUCGAUUUGAAAAUCGCUCAUCGCAAGACGUCGGUCGGACGUCUUCGAGAGACGAUACACACGUGCGCGCGUUAUUUUUACGACGAAAUACGACAACAGUUCGAUCAUCGGUCGUCUCGCCAUCGCACAUUUCGGCGAUAUCGACUGCAGUGGACGCUGGAAUGUAGUGCAGUGGUCGGGACGUUUUUUCACAGUUUUAGACGGACGCCAAUAAUUAUUGACUUCCACAUCGACAUUUCAUAUACCCGCAACUCAAGAUGGCAGACGUCGAGGUGAGGUCAAACAUUUUGACUUUGGCGUCGUUCUGGAUCUUGGGCCUCUGCAAUAACUUUGGAUACGUUGUGAUGUUGAGUAGUGCUCACGACAUUUUAAAAUCCAAUGCCGCUACGUCGGGAGGCAACGAAACAGUCAGUAUUAACUCCACUCAAGAUGUAUUCAAAAGAGAGUGUAAUCAUUUGUCGACCGGCGUUAUACUUUUGGCCGAUAUUAUGCCUGGACUGAUAAUCAAGGUUUUUUCACCAUUUUUUGCCUUACAUAUCAACCGGAGAUUAUCGUUGUGUAUUGCGCUGACAACCGCUAGUUUUAUAACUGUGGCAAGAGCGAAUACUGAACUAGUUGCAGCCAUCGGUGUAGCACUGACAUCCAUGGCUUCAGGUCUAGGAGAAUCAACACUUUUGUCUUACAUGGUCAAUUAUGAACGAAGUGUGAUCACGUCUUGGUCUUCUGGAACGGGCGCUGCUGGUAUAUUAGGAGCGUUGACUUAUGCGGGAUUGACUGGCAUUUUCCAUCUAUCUCCGUCCACGACGAUGUACUUAAUGCUUUCCGUACCGUUUCUAAUGGGCGUGUCAUUCUGGGUAUUAUUAGAGCACCCGAACAAAGAUGAAAUUCCAACGAUGCCUAGCAGUUCUCUAGAUCCCAGUGCGAACAGUCAAAGUAUCUCGAAUAAGAUGUCGUACAUACCCUCAUUAUUGAAAUUUAUGAUUCCUUUAGGGUUAGUGUACUUCUUCGAGUAUUUGAUCAAUCAGGGAUUAUUCGAGUUGGUUUAUUUUGAAAAAAUAUGGCUGACACAUUCAGAGCAAUACAGAUGGUACCAAGUCAUAUAUCAGUUGGGCGUUUUCAUUUCUAGGACUUCGGUGAGCCUGUUUCCGAUCGAAAAAAUUUGGAUCCUGACAAUAUUACAGGGUCUCAACGUCGUAUACUUUUUAUUCGAAACACUGUAUUCUUUCACACCAAAUAUAUACAUUAUAUUUGGGUUGAUAGCAUUCGAAGGUUUAUUAGGCGGAGGAGCGUAUGCUAAAUCGUACCAUAACAUCAUGAAAAAAGUUCCGAAGGAGCGCCAGGAAUUUUCAAUGGCCAUGACGUCACUUGCUGACGCGAUCGGUAUUUCAUUAUCUGGACUAUUGGCCAUUCCAUUACACAAUCAAAUUUGUAAAAUACCGAAAUGAGGCUGUCAGAGGUAUUUGACACUGUAUCUACAAAAAAAAAGAAGUGUUUUUUGUACUAGAAGAACUAAUUUAAAAAUAUUAAGUAACUACUUAUGUUAAUUUUCGACAAAAAUUAUGUUAAUGUUACUCACUAUGACAUAACAUCGUUUGAUUCCUCACUAAGAUUAUUGGUUUGAAUAUUGUCUGUAAGCAAACACGUAGGUAUAUUACCUAUAAUAAUAUUGCGUGAACGAAUAACAUAGGAAAUGUGUACCUAAGUAUACACCUAUGAGAAUGUCUCAAGCAUAGUUUAUAAUAAAAUAUAUUGUAAAAGUUUUAUAAAAAUGGAAACGUUUUGAUAAGAAUAAAUUAUCAUAUUUGGUA